GGGAGCCGUGUGCCAGGGCCGGGCCGCAGGAUUCCACAUUCCAAAACCUUGUCCAGAUGGAGGAGGAGGCUGUGAGGAAGAGGAAGAUGCCACAGAACAGCCAGGCAGACAAGGAGCUGAGGAUGGAGACAAGGGAGGAACAAUCCCUGCGGCAGAACCUCAUGGAAGAGAUUUUGAGCAGCUCCAUGGUGCAGGAAUCCAAAAGGGAGGAGAAGCCCCAGAGAUCUCACACACUGAGGGGCUCCAGACCCAUCCCAGGGUGCUCUGAGGAGGAAAGACCCACCCUGUGCCAGGAAGGUGGACAGAGCUUCAGCCGGGGCUCAGACCUGGUGGUCCCUGAGCAGCUUCAUGAUGGGGAGAAGCCCCACAAGUGCUUGGAGUGUGGGAAGAGCUUCAGCUGGAACUGCCUCCUGAUCAGCUACCAGCGCAUCAACACUGGAGAGAGGCCCUACAAGUGUCCUGAGUGUGGGAAGAGGUUUCAGACCAGCUCCAAUCUCCUCAAGCACCAGCGGAUUCACACAGAGGAGAGGCCCUUCCACUGCCCUGACUGCAGGAAGGGCUUCAAGCACAACUCUCACCUCAUCACCCACCGGUGCAUCCACACUGGGGAGAGGCCCUACGAAUGUCCCCAGUGUGGGAAGAGCUUCACCCACAGGUAUAACUUGACCAGACACCAACAGAGCCACCAAUAAGGGAAGCCCUGUAAGGGCCCUGAUUGCAGGAAGUGCUUUGUGUGAGUCUCCAACUUCAUCCUUAUCUGAGGACCCGCACUGGGAAGAGCCCUGGUGACCCACAUUUCCCCUGACCCAUGCUGAGAAGUCACCUGUCCCUUUCUCUGCCCGUGGCAAUGAUGUGAGGUGGGACUGAAGAACAUGAGUGUCUGGCCAUGGUCCCAUCAUUGUAUUUGAUCCCAUCUCAGGUCAUUGCCAGGGGCAGGAAAGGGACUCUCUCUCUCCCCCCCAAGGAGAAGAGUGUCUUCUCCAGGCUGGAGGAAAUACAUGGUUGGGAAGAGCCAGUCAGUGUUGUUGUAGUUUUCUCUGUAUAUCAUUUGUUUUAUCCCUUCUGUUAUCAAUAUUGUUUCUGUUCCUAGUUGUUCUUAUCUUGUUGCUGU